AUGUCAGAAUCAAGAAAAGAUAAAAGUAAAGCACCGAAAUGUGCAAAAUCUCUUCUAAUACGUAAACAUAAGCGUCCAAUGGACAACAAAGCAUCCAUAUGUGUCAAUACUGAGUUUCCUGCCGGACAAAAUCUUUCACUUACAGAAUUGAAUACCGAACGACAAGGAGCUUUUGUCUCUGGUAAUUUAAAGGAUCAAAUGAAAUCUUCUCGUAAAGAUGCCGAGUUACCUACCAAUAGUAAUCUUGACAUCCAAUUGCCUCGCCUUACCAAAUCCUUUCUGGAUCUCACGGUUCGGGUUUUCACGCAGCCACUCGGCUCAAGGAGUCAGUGGAUGGAGGGUGGGCGUGGCUAUGUGGAGUUCAGCGAUUAUACCAUUCGUGUCCUGGCUUCGAAUAGGCCGGAAAGCAAUGGGAAUAAUUGUAGUUCAAAUUGGGCGGGAGAUGUGAAAGCGUCUCCCUCGUUGUUGUUGCCUCAGAGUGAAGCCUUAACGAACGACCAGCAGCAGCAGCAUUCUGCUGCCUCCGGAAAGACAGGCCAAAAGGUAAAAAAAAACUCUGCGGCUGCCGAGACAAGUAUUUCAUCGAAGGAUAAGUUUGGCCCUUCUGAAGAAAAUAUGAAAACAACAUCCAAGAAACGUGAGGAUUAUCCCAUGCAAAAGUUGUGUCCCUUUGUCGACACUUCGGGUGAUACAUGCAACGGCUCCGAGUUUGUGCGAGGGGAUAGUAAUAAUAAUGAAAACGAGGAUACCAUUAUCCUAGAGGAUACUAUAACAACCGAGACAAUCUUUAUCGGUAAGAACUGCUCCAUUGUGUGGAAUAGCCUCGACAAAAAGCGUUCCCUAUGUCUUAUGUUCUGCUCCGUGAAUGGGUAUAUUGCUUCGUGGAGCGCACUAAUAGCUAUUCAAGGGAAGACCUAUCCGAAUUUUGAGUUGGACUUCUUAAGUCUCUCCGUCCGACAGGCCUUAGAGGACAUGCAUGAAUCUAGCAAAGAGGCUACCACACUAAUUUUGUCUCCUGAAUCCCCUAAUGGAUCUCACCUGCCUCAAGCACCUUCACAAUCUUUGCCUUACUCCGUCUUUCUUCAUGAUGAAUACAAUCCACCACUGGGGUUUAUCGAUAAGCACUUUAUUUCCCUCUGUCUAAUGCAGUUUGGUCAUCUCAACCUUCCAGAACUUUACAAAGAUAGUAGUGUGAUCCUUGCUCUGCUUGACAUAGCAAAUAAUGAAUUAGUAGAGGAAUUACUCAAUCAUGAAGUCUUUCCUUUAUUGAUUAAAGGACUUGGUUGUACAUCCCCGCCCCAAACUUGGUUAAAUCCAGACGGUUUAAGCAACCUAACUAUCUCAGAAGAGCUAGUCUCAAUUUUUUCUAAAGAUUUGCGUGCGGCUCAACUUUUGCACAUCUUGGAAUCACAGACGACGAAGUCGCAGCUAUUUGAGAAGCUUAGUAUUAUCGUAAAGCGUUUACGUAAUAUAAUCAUGUGCGCGCUACUAUCCAACGAUGAAAUUCUUAAGCAAAUUAAAAGCUCACUUGAGAUCGCACCGCCGGUAAAGGACCGAUGUUCGAGUCCACCUGUUGAGUAUGAAAUCCCGAACGGCAGUUCGGAAACCCGCGAACGCGAUGGCAGCAGCUCACCACACCACCCAAAUGAUCCCGUAAUCCAGGAAUGGCAGCGCGCGGAGCAGCAGGUGCUCGCGAACCUUCGUUUUCUCCGAAGCUGCAUUACACUUGGCAUCGCCGAACUUGGCCGUGAUUCGGUGGGGCCUGUGGUAGUGAAGGCUUUUCAAGAAGGUAUUUUAGAGGUUUUAUCCCUCGUGGCGGAGCGCUAUGCGAUGCCAUCGGGGGCAACGAGUGGAUUUUUAGAUGACGCCUUGGGCUAUCACCGCAGUACCAGCGGCAGCUCGCGAAAAUUGGAAUCCUCAUCAAGCACGCCUUCUCCAAACAGGUAUUCCAAACCCAUUGAUAUCGAGCUUAACAAACUACUCCACGCGAGCAUUACCAGUCUUAACGAGGAAAGGGAUGAACAACUCAUGAACGAAAUCGUACGCUCCCCUAUUUUAGCGAAUCCUUCUAAAUACAACGGUCUCAUGGUUUUUAUGUUUCGGCAGGUGCUCUUUGACCCGGGAUGGAGAUCACUAUGGGACGGUAAGUUUGCCCUGGAAGGAAUAUUGGGCACGAAGAACUCGUUCACGAUCUUUGACGUUCUAGGCCUCCACGAUAAUGAAUCUAGCAUCUCAAUUGGUCAUCCAAUGUCCCCCAAGUCCAUUGACGUUCGCAACCGAUUUCAUCGUCAUUUCAUUUUAAAAUACCUGCAGCGUGCCGCCUACAUUACGCUGACGCCGAUGGAAGUAUGGAACAUACAGGGAUUGGAUUCGACACGCCAAUACCCCUCUAUUGGAAACGCCCUUAAUUCGACAUUAAUGGAGGACCUACCGCGGGAUGUUUCCCCAAUGUUGGUACGUCUGCUCGACUACCUGAUCACCCUGGCGUCUCCGGAAAACCGAGAAUUGGUGUUAAAAGCCAUUCUCGGCCAUAAGGGACAUGUUCUUCGCUUUAUCGAGCGAUGCUACCAAAUCGCCAGGAUCAACGUGAAAUUGCAGCGGCCGAUUGGGUUGGAUGUGCUGUGUACGAUUACCCACUUUAUCAAGACCAUUCUCGUGCACCUUGACGGCAAUAGCCCCUUGAAAGAGCGGCCUUCCUCGAUUAGCAACGCAUUAACCCCGAUCCUCUCGCAUAAUAUUGUGGCUCUGCUCUUUCGCAAACUCAUCUACGAGAACAAUAUCUUCGGCACCAUGCUCCAGGCCUAUCAGACGAUUGGUGGUUCGCAGGCGCACACCCUAUUUCACUCCAUGGUGCUUUCCGUCUAUGACGUCAUUGAGAAGGGCUCAAUUCGAACCCUCGGCGAGCCCAGCGAAAACCUGUCCAACCUGCGCGAUUACCUAUUUUUGAAGUACUUUGAGAUGCUCCCGGCGCGGUUUGCGCAGCAGUUCCGCGAGACGUUGCUCACGCGCGCGUCCAUCGCACUUGGCUGCAAGAUGGCCCCGGAGAUCACCGACAGCGUCUCCUGCCUGAGCUUUACCAGCGGGGAUAUUCCGCGCCUCUCGAGCGAGCUUCUCUUUGUGGACGAAAUUGAGGCCUCAAACGUUCAUUUCAAAGGCCGCUCCUCGCCGGAGGCCGAGCCCAUCCUACGCGUGAGGCCGGACAGCGGCGCGAGUUCCCCCGAGGUGACGUUUUUGACGAUUCUUCGCACGCACAAUGAACAAUUAGCCCAAGCCAACACGUUUCGAGAGGAAAUUAAAGGCUUUGCCGGGUCUUUGGAGAGCUUUCGGGAUCAUCUUCACGUCAGCCCCAUCGCCUCUAGCAGGAGUUUGACCCCAACCACCCAGAACCCCCCGUUUAUUAUUAGCGAUAAGGGGGCGAAUGCGAUGCCGAUUCGGGCCCGAUUGGCAAGCUUCCCCGACAAAUCCUCGGAGGUGGAUGGGCCGUUUUAUUUGGAACCAACCCCCCCACCCUUAAAAAGCACCCCCAACAACCGCUGCCGCAGCCAUAGCAAUAUUUCCAUCGAUCUCCUGAAGGGCAGCGGGGGCCAUAACUCGACGACCUUGAUGAGUAAAAAUAUCACCAAAUACGAGUUAUCCGUUCCUAUCGAACCGCUUGCGCCGUGUGAGAAUCCUUUCGAAUCGAAUACGCUUGAAAAAUCUCCGGAGCUUUUGAACAUUCACUCCGUGGCUCAGAAAAAGGAUCCCGACAAUAAUAGUAGCAGUAUUUUAGGCAAACGAAAUGCUUUUGCAUUACCGUGUUUAACGAAGUCUAAGUUUUAA